AUGCCAUCACCCAUUCCUCUUAAUUGUUUUCUUCCUUUGGAAUUUUCCCCAUCUGCGGAUUUGCGGCCCUGCAGCAGCCCUUUAGUUAUCCCUGGCAAAGACAGCAAAACCCUCCUGGGGGGAACUCCUUCGGUCAGGACUCGCCGCUUGCCUCCACGCCUGGCCUGGUGCUCCAUUGACUGGGACCAGCUCUGCCUCCUGCGGCCGCUGGGCUCUGGGGGCUUUGGGUCUGUCUACAAAGCCACCUACUGUGGUGCGACUGUGGCUGUGAAGCAGGUGAAGAAGAGCAGUAAAAACCGGCUGGCAUCAUGGCAGAGCUUCUGGGCUGAGCUCAACGUAGCCCGGCUACAGCACGAUAAUGUGGUACGGGUGGUGGCCGCCAGCACAUGUGCCCCGGCCAGCCAGAACAGCCUGGGCACCAUCAUUAUGGAGUACGUGGGCAACAUCACCCUGCACCACGUAAUUUAUGGCACCGGCGAUGCGUGGGGACACGGUGAGGAUGACGAAAGAGGAUGCGGAAGGAAAGCCCUGAGCAUGGAGGAGACCGCGUGCUAUUCUUGUGACAUCGUGACCGGCUUGGCCUUUCUUCACUCACAGGGCAUUGUGCACUUGGACCUGAAGCCCGCCAACGUCUUCAUCACCGAGCAGGGCGUGUGCAAGAUUGGAGACUUUGGCUGCUCCCAGAAACUGGAGGAGGGCUUGUCCCAGAGUCCCCAUGUUUGCCAGCAAGGGGGCACGUACACGCACCGUGCCCCCGAGCUCCUCAAAGGGGAGCGCGUCACCGCCAAAGCGGACAUCUACUCCUUCGCGAUCACCCUCUGGCAAAUGGUCACGCGGGAGCAGCCCUACCUGGGCGAGCGGCAGUACGUGCUCUACGCCGUGGUGGCCUAUAACUUACGCCCGUCGCUGCCUGCUGCCGUCUUCCACCAGUCACCAGUGGGCAGGAGGCUCCAGAGCAUCAUCAGCCGCUGCUGGAAGGCCGAGGCAGAGGAGCGCCCGAGCGCAGCCCAGCUGCUUCCCGGCCUCACGGCCCUCAAGGGAAGCCUCUAG